AUACAACGGAAUAUUAAAUCGAACACAGACAAAAAAUAUCACAGUAUCGAUUAAUGCAUCGGAUGUUCAAGGUGUAUCACAAGUGUGGUCAAUUCCAAUUAUCGUUCGUCCUACAACUAACAACUAUGGGUUAGCAGAUGGUUAUAAGACAAUAAGUGUACUCUAUGUCAAUGGUUACAAUAAUGCAUUAACAAAUCAAGCUCUUGGUUCAAUCCAUGUCAAUGAUUUAGAUGACUGGAGUCGUGCAACGAAUAGUUAUCAAGUGAUAUCGAGUACUGCAGGGACAUUUACUGCUAAUGGUAGUGGACUUAAUGGUUAUUUGGCUGCUAGUAGUACAUUGUACCCUGGCUCAUACACAGUUCAAACAAGAGUUGUUAAAAAUAGUUUCACUGCUACUGGUACAGUUGAUUUAGAUGUACAAAGUGUUGACAGUGAAUUUGUUAGACAAGCAGCAACCAUAAGAAUACAAAGUGAAUAUCCUGAGAGUCUUAUUGAUCCAACAUUUGGUAGACGAAUAAAUACGUUACGCAGUGCUUUAGCACAAAUUCUUAUUGUUACUGUUGAUACUAUACAAAUAUUAACAAUACGUUCUGCUCCCUCAACACAAAUAAUGAAUCCACUUUUACCACCAUUACCAUUUGAUCAACAAAAACAGCAAGCAUUAACCGACGUCAUAUUCUAUGUACCAAAUAUGGCAAAAGAAUUAAUUGAAAAUACACUAAAUACAAAUCUUGCCCUAUUUUUAUCACGAUAUGGUAUCAGGGCAACGGCAAGCGGACCAAAUCCAUGUACGAAUUAUGGUUGUCCAACAGGAACAACAUGUCGCUAUGAUCGUACUAUUCAACCGCUACCCUAUUUAGUUGAUACCAAUUUAACAUCAUUUGUUGGCAUUAAUAUUCUUGAUUCAGCUGAUUGCGUCAACAGUUCUACGUCUGUUCAACCACCAUCAUCACUAGCUGCAGACUGUAUUACGUAUUCGUACAAUAAUUCCACAUAUUGUCCAUGUACUGCGUUACAAUCCUAUGCACCAUUAGGUCCAUACUGUGAGGUAUUAGGUCGUACAUUUAAUGCAAACGGCGGUGGUUAUGCAUCAUUUAGCGGUUCAGCAAUAUCAAAUUUAUCACCAACACGUUUUAGUUUUGAUUUUGCAUCACGUUCACCUUUAAGAAAUGGUCUUCUACUACUUUAUGGUAAAAAUACUCCAUCUGUUGAUGAUUAUUUUUGGACAGCUAUUGAAAUUUAUAAUUCUCAAUUACGCUUUCAUUUUGGUGAAACAAUAUCAGAUACAAAUAGAGCACUGAAUGCCUCAACAUGGUACCAUGUAGAAUAUCAAUUUGUUGGUAACACCGUACUGGUAUCUGUUAAUGAUUGUUUAUAUUCAUCGAAUGUUAGCAAUACUACAUCAACUGCAUACGAUCCAAAUGUCGUGCAAUUGUAUUUGGGCGGUUUGCCAGCUAUUGGCUCAACAAUAUCAGACCUAUAUCCUAGUUUGAUGACAGUAAAUACGUUUAAUGGUUGUAUUAGAAAUGUUCAUUCAAACGGUUUUUAUGUUGAUAUGAGUAAAGCACAGACAUCAACAAAUUCAGAUUAUGGACAAUGCUCAUGUACUAUAACAAAUUCAUGUACAACAGCCGUACAACCAUUUAUCAAUAGCGUUAUUGUACCAUGGUAUACAUGGUUAAUUAUUGCAUUAGUUCUGCUAAUAUUAGCAACAAUAAUUGCCUUGGGCCUAUUAACAUGUGUGAGAAAACGUCAACAGAAAAAGACAUUGAUGAGUUUAUAUCCAGAUGAUAUUAGAGAAAAUAUUAUUGAUUAUAAAGAGACAGCUGGAGAAGAGGAUCAUUCAGCAUACAAUUUAGGAGUAUUGAAAAAACCUGUUUAUGCUCCAACUGACGAUGAAAUUAUGUCAAGAAUGUCAAUGCAAAAUAUGGGUUUUACACCGAUGAGUAAUCGUCGACCAUCAUUAGGUAUUUAUAUUGAAGAUAAAUUAAUUGAACAACAAGCCACUACUAUUCCUUAUGCAAAUGAUUCUCAAUUACAUUAUACCUAUGAGGGUGAAGGUAGUAUAGUAAGUGAUUUAAGUUCCAUUCAGUCAAAUGAAUCAAUUGAUGAACAUGAUUAUCGAUUUUUAUAUUCAUGGGGUCCAAAAUUUUCUAGAUUAGCUGAUUUAUACGGUGGAGAUGAUGAUUAA